CAAUGAGUUCCACAUCUCCCGUAAUUUCUGCUUCCUCUCUCUCUCUCAACUCUCUGACAAAAAAAAAAAACAAAAACAAAAUGGUACAAUCAAAGAAGUACAGAGGUGUCAGGCAACGCCACUGGGGUUCUUGGGUCGCUGAGAUUCGCCAUCCUUUACUGAAGAAGAGGGUGUGGUUGGGCACUUUCGGGACCGCUGAAGAGGCGGCGCGUGCCUACGACGAGGCUGCCACUCUCAUGAGCGGCCGAAACGCCAAAACAAACUUUCCGAUCACCACCGCCAGCCAAUCCACGGAUGACACGUGCCCAGCAUCGUGGACAGUAAUGUCGUCGGUGUUGAGCACGAAGCUUCGGAAGUGCUGUAAGUCUCCGUCGCCAUCUCUCACUUGCCUGAGGCUUGACCCGGAUAACUCCCACAUCGGAGUUUGGCAAAAGCGAGCCGGGUCACGCUCCGACUCUAACUGGGUCAUGAUGGUGGACCUUGACAACAAAGUCGAUCCAGCACCGCUGGAACAGGACCUGCCGGCGGUGGAGAAGACGCCAGAAGAGUCGCCGCCGUUGCUGGCGGCGGAAAUGGGAGAUGGGUUGGGAAAAGAGGAGAGGAUGACUUUGCAAAUGAUAGAGGAGCUCUUGAACAGGAAUUGAUGACCUAGGAGUUGUUUGAGUUGUUAUAAAUAAGUGUAUUUUUUUAUUUUUUUGAAUUAAAAAGUUGAGAAAAAAAAUAUGGAUGUUUAAGUUAAUUUUUUUUACUUUUUAUAAAAAAAAUAUGUAUUAAAAAUUAUAUAAAUAAGUGUAUAGGAGAAGUUAGUAAAGUAACUCAGACAGCCUGGCAGAGCAGGGGCUGAUUAGGAGAUAGGAAAUGAUUGUUUCCUUUUCGGGUUUGAAUUGGAAGGUGUUAUUUGGCUCGUGUGGGUCCACCGCGAGUCCCAUUUUGCUAAUCGGAACCAUUUCAAUAUGUAGAACUCGUCGAAUACUA